UUUUGUGUUGUUCCAGGCUUUAUGAGUAUGGCGUCAUACAAUCAUGAAAACAAACCUACGAUCAAGACGGAGCGUGGUCAGUCUGCAUGGAUGUGCAAGCCGCCUGGCACUUGACUUGUGACAAAAAUAACCAUUUGAAUAGAACUUAGCACAAAUCUGGAAGAAUACCCUGGCUCUUUACUUGUGACAAAAGAUAAUCAUUUGAAUAGAACUUAACACAAACCAUGAAGAAUAGUGUUUUAUGCUGAUGUAUAAAUGUUUAAUGUCAACAAAGCGAUAAGAUCUGUUUAAACAUUCACAACCAAAACAGGCCUGUUAUCAAUGAUUCUAAUGGAAAAGGGGACUUUUUUAUCUAGACUGAGGUGAAAAGAAUAAAACAAAUAGUUUGAGAUUGCUAUUACCAUUCUAAAACGUCACUAAACAAAAAGAGGAAAUCGUCUGCUCAUUAAAAUACAUUGAACUCAUCACUAUAUCAGUACCAUAUUUAUAGUAACAAAAGUGCUGAAGCAUAUUGGAAGGAAAUUCAUUACUGUUUAGAUAAUGUACAGAUGCUUCUAAGUGACGCUUGAUUCGAGUGCGCUAAAUAUAACAACACAGUGCUUUAUAGGCUGAAACGGUUUUUUUCACUUCUUAUCUUGGAUAUGUUAAAGGUUAAAUUAAAGGAACUUUUUUUAUGACAACAUAUUCAAAAAGUGUAUAAGCAGUGCAAUAAAAUAUGUUUAUCAGCUCAUAUAGUCAAAAGAAAAAAUGAUUCUUUUCGUGCUCGUAAAAUAUCGUAAACAUUGGAAAUACUUUGUGGUAUUUUCUGAAUAUUUAUGGAAUUAAAUCUCUAACAGUGAUAAUCUAAUCUGGUUUCAUGUGUAAAAAUGCAUGUUAUUGUAAGUAUCUUGGAGUUAAGAGAUUGUAAAUUUAAAUAAAUGCUAUAUUUAGUGGGUGCUAUUAACUUUUGUUAGUCGCACGUAACACAUUUUAUACCAAAUAACAUGUCAUCAAGUUUCAAAUACGUUUACAUAUGUUCGAAAGUUUUCACGUUUGUAAUGGCAGUAACUAUUGCAUUUCUUACGUAUAUUAGACUUGAUUCAACAUUGCCUUGGAACGUGAAAAUUACUUUUACCGAUUGGAAAAAUGCUUUGGUACAAAAGCGCUGCAAUGAUACAAAAUUCCCUGCACAACUAAACACGGAGGGAAAUUGGGGUCAGGUUGACGUGAACGAAACAAUUUAUGUUAUUUCUGCAUAUUAUGUUCUGGAAAGGGAAAGAGUGUUUAUCAUUGGAACAAAGCCUUUCUUUGAAGUUUCGGUUAUAUGUCAACUUUGGUAUACCAGUUUCAAAGAUAACAGACGGCAUGUCCAACAGACAUUGGCAAAUGUCGUUGCUCCAAUCGGAGCAACUGAGUACAAUUUCACAUCUACAAUCUAUGAAUGUAAAGUGCAAACGACAGAAAAACAACCCGAGUACGUCUCCCUUGUGAUGACUUCCUGUGAAACCCCAAGAAAUCUUUUAAAAGUACGUGAUGCUUCAAAACCAGAUGGAUAUAAGCGUCGUUUUACUGUAUGUUUGUCACCAGUGUUUCAAUAUGAUGACAUUUUCCAGAUGGUCGAGUGGGUUGAACUAAAUAGAAUUCUUGGUGCUGAAAAGUUUGUUUUUUAUAACUACUCCACAGGUGUAAACGUUAAUAAUGCCAUUAAGUAUUACCUGAAAUUAGGUUUAAUUGACGUUAUUCAAUGGAAUAUACCAUUUCCUGAUAUUGAACGUAAUAUUGAAUAUUUUGCUCAAAAGGCAGCUAUAAAUGAUUGUAUUUUCAGAAAUAAAAAUGUUUCGGAAUUCAUCGUCAAUAUUGAUAAAGAUGAAUACAUCAUUCCUCAUUCUAAUGACAUCAUUACUUGGUCACAGCUGAUCGAUAAAUUUAACAAAAACUAUGCCGGUUACGUUGUGAGACACUCUUUCUUUCGAUUAGACUGGAUCUUGAAUAAUCAAAAUUUUUCUGAGAAACGUUUUGCAGAAAAGUACCAUCUAGUAACACUUACCCAUUUCGAACAUGAGAAAAAAAUAUGGCCGCCUAACCAUCGCUCAAAAUAUUUUGCCCGAGCAGAAGUUGUUGAGUUUGGAAAUGUGCAUGAGAUUCCACGCGGAAGAAUAUUUAUUGUGCCUCCUGAACUUGCACUAGUGCAUCACUAUCGAAAUAUCGGAAAGCCUGAAGACCAUGACAAAGUUAUUGACUUUACAGUGCUUGUUAAAUAUGGAGACAAUUUGUCAAAACAUGUACAAAAGACAUGGAAAGCUCUUUCUCUCGUGUAACUAGUCUGAUUGUGUAAUCAUUUAAACAUACAAUGAGAACAUACUCAUUAUUAGGAAGAAAUGGAAAUUGGCUUAAAUCAUCGAUUAAUUCUUCAAUUAUGUUAAAAAACAAAACAGUAUGAUACUUAAACUGGAACUAGAAAAAAAAUAAAACUUACGUAUCAUUAUAUUUGAGAAUCUAAGUUAUGUUGAAUGAAUAUCUGUACAUGCAUUCUUUUUUUCACUUAGUCCUAUUUUUAUAUAAUACUGAAACUGGUGUUAUUUUAAACGUGUGAUUUUUUAUAAAAUAUUUUCAAAGUUUAACGAGGUUGUAGGCAAGGCGAUCCAAUUUACCUUUAUAUCUUCAUAUUAUUAAGAUUUUAGCAAUAAAAAUAAGACAGUGUAAACAUGCUAAAGGUAUAGAUACAGAUAGGGAGGAAUAUAAAAUUACACAAUUUGGUGAUAAUACUAGUACUUCAAUUUUGCUAAAUUGAUUAAUACUGUUUUAAAGUUAUUAGAUAUGUUUUCAGGGAUUUCUGGAUUAUAAGUAAAUUUUAACAAACUAAAGUUAUUUGGAUAGGCUCUCUUAAGUACAGUACAAGAUCCAUUAAGACAAAAUGGUAACUGACAUGGGGUGAUACACAGUUAAAUUGUUAGAUUUGAUAUUUGAUGCUGAUUUAGAGAAAAUGGUAAAAUAUUUAUGAAAAACUUCAGAAAGCAAAAAUAGUAUAGGUCAUUGGAAAAAAGAAUAUUAACACCAAUAGGAAAAAUAACUAUUUACUCUUUGUUUCAAAAGUUUACCUACACUUUAUUCAGUAUUUUGAAAACACUUGAUGCCUUAUGUAAUGAUUUUAUAUGGGAAGGUAAAGCAAAGAUAAAGCAAUCUGUUGUUAUCAAAACAUAUAAGGAAGGUGGUCUAAAUACGAUUGAUAUUGACAGUUAUAUACAUUCUGUAAAGAUAGAAUGAUUUUAAAUAUAUGUAAGUAAUACAUGUAAUAGCAGUAAAUGUAUAAGCUAGUGAUGGCUUUAUUAAAUAUUGAUAAAGUGUUUUGCACAGAUAAAUUGUUUUGUAAUUAGCCAAUUGAUACAAUUAAAAUGCCUGUUGAAUAGAUGUUAUAAAAGCUUAUAUGAUUUUUACAGAUAAACUUUGAAUAGAUACUAUAGAACAAAUGUUACACAUGUCUUUACUUUAUAAUCAUAACUUGUAAGCAGGAAAUAGACACUUUUAUAUUCAAAGCUUUUAUAAAAAAAAAAAAAGGAAUCAGAUUUGUUAAUGAUAUUAUCAAAGGGAUUUUGUAUAUUUAAGUUACUUGGAGCAGGUUACACAAAAACAAGUCAACUUUUUACAAUAUAAUAGAUAGAAAAAAAGCAAGAAUAUUUUACAUGCAAAGGCUUGACAUUUCUAUUUGCAAUGUUUUAUUUAUGUUCAAUCUAUUUCGAAGUGUUAUCUCAAACCUAUUCUUAUUACACUAAAUAAGAAUACGAAAAAUAUGUUUAUGAAACGUGUUAGAAAUAAAGGUGUGCCAACAUGUCAAGAAAAAUGGAACACAUAUUUUACAAAAAAAAGGAUGAUAUAUAUUGGCAUUUAAUAUAUAGUUAAAUGUACCAAAGAUUCCUAUAUUCAGUGGUUCCAGACAAGAAUAAUUCAUAGAACUGUAACAGCUAUCUCACUUUUGUUCCAAAUGAAAAGUGUUAAUUAUGGUAAAAUGUGUACUUUUUGCAAUUGUCAAGAGGAAACUCUGUUGCAUUUAUUUUGGGAAUGUCCAAAAAUUCAAUCUUUAUUUCAAUAUCUGAAAGACAAUAUAGAUAAUUUUUAUGACAUUUUUAAAUGUAAAUCAUUUAUUUUAGGUCAUGAGGUAAAUGAUUAUAAGUAUGAUAUUUUGUAUUUUAGAAUGGAAAAGGAAAUUGAGCCGUGACAUGACGUCAAAGUUGACGCAAAUGUUUUUAAUUAUGCGACGCGUGUUUUUCCAAUCAGAGCUGUGCAGUUUUUAAACAGUGCACACAUCAGUUGUAUGUAAGGAAAAAAAAUCACCAAAAUAAACAUUUAUUGAUUUUUGGGUCACUUGGUCAAACGUCAAGGUCGCAGAGACCUUUCAUGUCAAAAUGCUUUCCGCUGAUUAUUUUGAAAACUAGUCAUCACAAAGUCUUCAUAUUUCACAUAGUAUUUGGUCAUUACUAGUAAAUGACGCCUAUUGAUUUUUGGGUCACUAGGUCAAAAGUCUAGGUCACAGUGGCCUUUAAUGUCAAAAUGGUCCGCUCAUUAUCUUGAAAACUAUUCAUCAUAAAGUCUUCAUAUUUCACACAGUGAUUGGACAUAACUAGUAGAUGACACCUAUUGCUUUUGGGUCUCUAGGUUAUAUGUCAAGGUCACAGGAGCCUUUAAUGUCAAAUGGUUUCCGCUGAUUAUCUUGAAAACUAAUCAUCAUAAAGUCUUCAUAUGUCACAUAGUGAUUGAUUAUAUAUAGUAGAUGACCCCUAUUGAUUUGGGGUCACUAGGUCAAAGGUCACAGGGGCCUUAAAUGUCAAAAUGGUUUCCGCUCAUUAUCGCGGUUACUAUUUAUCACAAUCUCUUCAUAUUGGCAUUUUAAUUGGUCAUUACUAGUAGAUGAUCCCUAUUGAUUUCGGAGUCACUAGGUCAAAGGUCAACGUCACAGGGGGCAUAAAUGUUAAAAUGGUUUGGCUCAUUAUCUUAUCACAAAGUCUUCUAAUUUGGCCAUAACUAGUAGAUGACCCCUAUUGACAUUGGGGUCACUCGGUCAAAGGUCAAGGUCACAGAGGCAUUGAAUAGUUGUACGGUUUCGGCUCAUUAUCUUGAAAGCUAGUUAUCACAAAGUUUUCAUAUUUCACAUUGUGAUUGGUCAGACCUUGUAGAUAACCCCUAUUGAUUUUUGGGUCAUUAGCUCAAAAGUCAAGGUCAAAGGGGCUUUAAAUGUCAGAUUAGUUUCAGCUAAAUAUAAUCUUGAAAACUAUUUAUUACAAAUUCUUCAUAUUUCACAUAGUAUAUGGUCUUAACUAGUAGAUAACCCCUAUUGAUUUUGGGGUCAUUAGUUCAAAGGUCAAGGUCACGGGGAUCAAUACUGCCAGAAUGGUUUUCGCUUAUUAUCUUGAAAAUUAUUUAUCACAAAGUCAUAUUUCACAUAUUGAUUGGUCAUAAAUAUAAGAUCACCCCUAUUGAUUUGUGGUAACUAGGUCAAGGUCACAGGUGUCUUUAAUGUCAGAAUGAUUUCCGCUCAUUAUCUUGAAAAUAAUUUAUUACAAAGUCUUCAUAUUUCACAUUUUGAAUAGCCAUAUAUAGUAGAUGACCCCUAUUGAUUUUUGGAUCCCUAGUUCAAAGGUCAAGGUCACAGGGGCCUUAUAUGUAAAUAUGGUUUCUGCUUAUUACCUUGAAAAAUUUUAUUAUCACAAAGUCUUCAUUUUUAAAAUAGUAAUUAGUCAUAAUGGGGCUACUAGUUCAAAGGUCAAGCUCUUUAUAUUUCACAUAUUGAUUAGUUAUAACUAGCAGGUCAUUAUAAUUUUUUUUCCAUAACUGAACACUUUCAUGUAGACUACCCAUUUAUGGCAAGUUUCUAUAGCAAAAUUACCAAUAAUAUUUGUCAAGGGCUAGAAAUGGGGGGCAUGUGUCGUUCGACAUUUCUUGUUUCAAUUUUUGUCUUUUUUUUCUUUUUAUUUUGUCCGAUUAUAAACUUAUAUCUAAAAAUUGUAAUUAAAAAUAUUUGAAGUUUUAUGUAUAUUUUUUACUGUGAAAUGUGUGAUUUGGAAAGCAUAACGAAUUAAAAUGAUUAUAAUUUAAAAUCAGCAUGGUAAACUUUCUUUAUAUAUUUUACUCAAAUGUUAAGGAUAGUAUCUAGAUAAUUAUUCUUUAAAGAUAUUUUGAUGCCCCGAUUAUAUUUGACAAAAACUGACGGGUUUCUUUACCCUACGCUCUUCUUAUUUGAUGUAAAAUGUUAGGUACCUGUCUCCAUAAACAAAAUAAAUCUUUUCAUAUACUUUUUACAUUGAUUUAUUUGAAAUUAUUGAACAAACAACUAUAGUUCUUUAUUAUCAAUUUUCAAGUAAGGAAAAUAUGAAGUAAGUGAAAAUUAACUACAGAAAAUGAAAACAUUGUAGUAGUAGUUGUUGUUGUUGUUGUUGUUGCUAUUGCUGUUGUUGUUGUUGUUGUUGUUGUUGUUGUUGUUGUUGUUGUUGUUGCUGCUGCUGCUGCUGCUGAUGUUGUAUAAAACCGAUACAAAAGUUGAACUUCAAUUGUCAAUAUUUUUCAAACAAGAUGGUAAACUUUUGUUGUUUUUUUUUGGCAUUUAUGUCUAGAAUAUUUUAUAAUAUAAUAUAAGGUUUUAAACGCUUUUUGAAAAAAUGUUAAUUAUACAUCUUAUACCUUUAUGUAAGUAUAAUAAGAAAGAUAUCACAUCACAUUGAUAUCAUUGUUUUUAUAACGGUCACUCCAAACAAGCGUAUAUAAUUGAGCGACAAUUUUUAAGUGAAGUGGAUGAAUGCGUAAGAUCACGGGGAAGGAAUGGUUACACGACGGAACUCCGUGACAGUUAUAAUAAGAACUCAAAACAAGUUAUCAUAAGAACCCCAUCCUUCGUGUAACAGUUCCUCCAAUUUGGUCCUGCUUUAUUUGAAACUAAGGGGGAAAAAAUUUCCUUCACGUUAUAUCAUUUAACAUAAUGCAAGCAACAUGCCCCAAGAUCCAUAUUCAUUUUCGUAACAGUUAGGAAAAUGUAUAUUAAAGUAAAAUAUUGUGAAGUGCACAAAGGAAGUAAAUUACACAUUGCAUACGGCACUUAAAAUCCACGUAAAUUAUCAAACAGAUGUCAAAAUAUGCAAAAUAGCCCCUACUGCAUUAAUGACGCAGUAGAUAUGUGGUGAUAUUUUAUUUUGUCAAUAUUUUGCGUUGUUAUUUUAGAUGAACUCAGGCAAGUUGUUGUAAUAGUUUAUGCUAAUAAGUGAAAGUCUGGGUUUUUAUUUUGAUGUACACUAACAAAUCGUUUAAAUAGUUUAUGCUAAUAAGUGAAAGUCUGGGUUUUUAUUUAGAUAUACUCUAACAAGUCGUUGUAAUAGUUUAUUCUAAUAAGUGAAAGUCUGGGUUUUUAUUUCGUGAGAUAAAACCCAUAUCACUCAGAGUAUAACACUAAUGGCGUUGGGAGUAAAGCUUUGUCGGCUUACGUAUUACUUAAUGAUUCCUUGUAAGUCCUAAAAUGCAUUGUGUAUUUUGUUCUUUAAAGCAUAUUUCUUGACUCAAAGGCAACAAGAGUGAAGAUGUGAACAUGGCCAUCCCCCGCCGAAUGUGUUUGCUCAUUGGAAGAAUGUAUUAUAGUAGAGCAGAAUAAUUCAAUGUUAAGAGGUCUGCUGGUAAUGAAAACUGAUAGCUGAAGUGAUUACAGAUUUGAAGGCUGAAUAAAAACCAAGGGCAACAACUGAAAAUUAAUGCAGGGUAUAUGCUGCACUCCUCAAUGAGAUCUAUCCACUUAUUAAGUUUCAAGUUGAUACUUUAUGAGAUAAACUCCGGACAAAAAGUAUGAAAAAUAACAAAGGGCAAUAACUAAAAAUUAUAAAGGGUAGAAUUAUCAUUCUUGCGCACAACAUCCCUCCUCAAUAAGAUAAAUCCAUCUAUGAAGUUUCAUGUUGACAUCUCUAAGACGUUUUGAGUAAAGAUAAAUCCAUCUCUGAAGUUUCAUGUUGACAUCUUUUAGACGUUUUGAGUUAUGCUCCACUCAGGUGAAAAAUUAAGUAUGAAAAAUAACAAAAGGCAUUAACAAAAAAUUAUGAAGAAUAUAGUUAUCAUUCUUGUGCACUGCACACUUCCUGAGUGAGAUAUAUCCACCUAUAAAGUUUCAUGUUGAUAUUUCAAAGGUUGUUUGAGUUAUGCUCUGGACAAAAAGUAAGUUUGAAAAAUAACAAAGGGCAAUUAUUCAAAAAAUUAUAAAGGGUAGAGUUAUCAUUUUUCGCACUGUAAUCCUCCUCAAUAUGAUCUAUCCACCUAUGAAGUUUCAAGUUGAUACGUAAAAUACUUUUUGAGAUUUGUUCCGGACAAAAAUGUGGGACAGAAGGACGGCAAAUGGACGGACGUACGGCUGGAAGGACGAUCGGAGACUUAGUUAUAUUUUGAGUUUCAAGUGAAUACUUUAUAUAGUAAAUAUAGUAAAUACUUAAUGAGUUAUUGUCUGGACAAAAAAUAAGCAUGAACAAUUACAAAGGGCAAUAACUGAAAAAAUAUGCACGGUAGCGUUAUCAAAUGGACGUCCGUACGGAUGAAAUGACGGUCGGACACUUAGUUAUAUUUUGAGUUUCAAGUGAAAACUUCAUAAAGUAAAUACUUAAUGAGUUGUUGUCUGGCAAAAACUAAGCAUGAAAAAUUACAAAGGGCAAUAACUGAAAAAAAUAUGCACGUAGCGUUAUCAUUCUUGUGCGCUGCACUUCUCAUUGGGAUCUGUUAACCUAUGAAGUUUCAAAUUGAUACCUGUAAUACUUUUUGAGAUAAACUCCGGACAAAAUAUAUAAAGGGUAGAGUUAUCAUUCUUGCGCACAUCAUUCCUCCUUAAUAAGAUCUAUCCACCUAUGAAGUUUCAUGUUGACAUCUCAAAGAUCUUUUGAGUUAUGCUCCACUCAGGUGAAAAAAGUAUGAAUAAUAACAAAGGGCAAUUACUCAAAAUUAUGAAGGGUACAGUUAUCAUUUUUGUGCACUGCACACCUCCUGAUUGAGAUAUAUCCACCUAUGAAGUUUCAUGUUGAUAUCUCUAAGGUUUCUUUAGUUAUGCUCUAGUCAAAACUUAAGUAUAAAACAUAACAAAGGCCAAUAACUGACAAAUAAUGCAGGGUAGGUUAUCAUUCUUUUCUGCUGCACUCCUCCUUAAUGAGAUAUAUCCACCUAUGAAGUUUUAAGUUGAUACCUCUAAUACUUCUUGAGAUACGCUCGGACAAAAAGUAUGAAAAAUAAGGGCAAUAACUCAAAAAUUAUAAAGAGUAGAGUUAUCAUUCUUAUGCACUGCACUCCUUCUUAAUAUGAUCUAUCCACAUAUGAAGUUUCAAGUAGAUACCUCAAAUACUUUUGAGUUAUGCUCCGGAUAAAAAUGUUGGACGGAAGGACGGACGGAGACUAUUUCUAUAUCCCCCGCCACCUUUUCGGUGGGGAUAGUAACUGCGAUAAGAAAUAAACAAUUUUCUCCACAAUGAUAACUCUAAACAAAUAAAUAAAAUUUGUAGAUACUUGAUUUGCAAAUUAUAAGAGACUAUACAGGUAUGUUAACUAUAUCUAAAACUCCAUUAGAAGAAAAUAUUUUCAAUUCAAACAAAUAUUAUACCGCUGUAAGAAAACCAACAUGUUUCAUAUGUAAAAUUGUCUCUAAAAUUCAGGUCGAUUUUUAUGUUUCAGUGUUAGUCUACUCUGGUAUGGUAAUAAAUCAAAAUGUAACAUCUAAAAUCUAGACUGUACAAGCUUUAAAAAUGGGGGUAACGGUAUUUCGAUAUUUUUACAUACCCUUGCCGACUUUGCGACACCGUAAAAACAUAAUUGCAUGGUCGUGCAUAUAUUUUAACGACACGUCAUUUACGUUAUACAAACAGAAUGUUGACAAUCCUACGUUACACGGAUACUGCGUGAGCUAGUGAAGAAAAGCCAAAUAUACCACCGCCACUUAGCGUAUUUGCGUACUUAUAUCUCUUUUUGUCCGACCGUGCAACAAGUCGUUACAUGAACUUUAGAUGGCUUAAAAUUGAUAUGGUACUCUUGAACAAAGUUUGUGUAAUAAAGUCAUUAUAAAAAAUGUGAGCUACCUUGUCCAUAAUUUCAGUAUCAAAUUUUGCAUGCGUUUUGUGCACUAAAAUACUUCUAUACAUGUAGGAGUAUAUGUCAAGAAAAACGAUGAUUCAGUUUAAUCCGUGUGAUGUAGCAUUUUUGAAUGAGGUCGUCUCUGACGCCAAAGAAAACGACGUCGCAAAGUAUUUACAACUUAAACCAAGUUUUCAUUGUCCAAAAAUAAUCAAAUUUGUCUUGAAUGAUUUAGAAAAUAAUACAUUUUGAGAAUCUUUGAAAAAAAGUAAAAUGUCAAAUUUGACCACUAUGUUGGAAAUGUCAUGUCACGGCUCAUAUAUAUGAGAAAAAAAUACAUGUUACCUACAUUUAUUGGUUUUUAGAAACAGUCUUGAAUUGGCGUGAAAUAUUUACAAAAAUACAAUUUUGACCAAACAUGUGGCUGAAGGAUGGCACUUUAAUUAACUAAAUUGGGUAUACUAAAUUUAUUUACCACAAACCAAUUUUGAACAAUAUUGUUAAUUUUUUGCAUAAUACAUAAUCAUACACAAUUGUUUUACAUGUACUCAUUAUGUGAAUAUCGAUUGAAUGAUUGAAUAUUUGAAUAUAAUGUAUAUCACACUUUUUGUAUUAUUUUUAUAUUUAUUUAUGACUAGAUGAUGAUUGUUAUAUUAUGUAUAUAUCAUGUAAGGUAUCAGGGGGAUGACCCCGACCCUCUCAUACC